CCUCGUCCGAUCUCAGUUGUUUGCUAAUGGUCGCCAAUUGGAGCCCAAGACGUGAACAAAGAAAGUCGUACUUUUUUUAGGGGUGAAUUUGGUCAGUGUGAGUGUAGGUGGUAUCAACACAGAUGGAUGAGGAACGAGAUAAGCCUUCAAGGAAGGAGUGGCCUGAUACUAACCAUCCUCCGCUGUUUCACAUGAGUACCAGCACCGGUAGCAGCAGUGACUGUGCAAGUAGCCAACCCAGUGGUUGCACCACGCCUACCACCACACCCACACCGACCAAACCCAAGGUGGAAUACAUCUGCCGCUGGGAAUCCUGCGGGGAGGAGGCAGAGACCAGCGCCGACCUGGCCGAUCACGUCCGGUCUGAGCAUGCACAGAAGCAGAUCAAGAAAGGCGGGAAGAAGUUUGUAUGCUUGUGGGACGGCUGCAAGGUCUACAACACGCCGUCCAUGUCGGCGACCUGGCUCCCUAAGCACGUGUUGACCCACUGCGGGGAUAAGCCGUUCCGCUGUGUCUUCGCGGGGUGUAACCAGAGUUAUAGGACAGAGAAAGGCUUGAUGAGACACUGUCAGUCACAUCUCAAUGCCGAGAAGCAGAACUCGCAACAGAAGACUCCAAAGAGCAAAGAUGAGAGUCCAGGAAAAGCCCUCAAGAAGAAAAGGAUGAGGAUCAGGAGAAGGUUGUCCAUGGUGAAGACAGAUGAUUUCUUUGAUACACGCAUGGCCGAGGCAGUACGUCAUCGACUUGUAGAACUCAAUAUGAAAACAAAGAUAGACACAGAAGGCAGUGGAAGUUCUAUCAUCUUUAAAAGCUCUGUUGUUUGUAGGAGAACAGAUGAAAAUGGAGAUUCCAUGGUCCUCCUUCGUUGGUCACCAACUGAUGUUAUCCCGGACUCGUGGGUUAAAGAGUCGGAUCAAAAGGAACACAAGGAGUGCUCCAUCCCGAUGAGUAGCCUGUCCCACGAGUCCCUCCAGACUAUAGGAUUUGGAAUACUUACACCAAGGAAACGAAGGAAACAGAGGAGAAAAUGAUGAUUGUGAUCAGGAAUCAUGGACUGUGUCCCCCCAUGUGAGAAUUAGGAUUGAGAGUAGAUUCCACAAUUUCUGGAACUAAUACCUUGGUCACAUUUGUUCUACGGCGGCCAUACGGCGAGUCGAGAACAGCCGUUUUAACAUUUUUUGUC